CCUUGACCCUUGCCCGCGCCGGCCAGCCAGCCCGCCUUGGCUGUCGCGGACCCCCGGCCAACGACCAGUCGUUGACACCGGGACCCAUCUUCUCCUCGCCGGCGUGCCCGCCCCCACCAUCAUCUUGCUGCCCAUCGGCCCAGACUCCACAUCAUGACGGCCGAUCUACACUCUCGGGCUGCCCCGGACGAGCCCACCGGCAUCGGCGUCAAUGGCCCCGACAUCCACACCACUGACACUGACCAGCAUGCCCCCUCGUCCUUUCCAUCACCGCCCCGCCGAAAUGGCAGCAUCUCGAGCAGAUUCACCGGCGUGGAUCCACUCGACUCGUCGCACCCCAUUGACGAGCAGAUGCCCGGCACCUUCCCCGACGAUAGCCUCGCCACGUUUGAUGGGCCAUCUUCGGCCCCGCCAACGCCCUCCGUCAUCUCCGUCACCCACCCUUCUCAGUUCAUCCACACGCAUCACCCACGGCGCGGAUCCCUUACACCAUUAGGCCUCAAUGUCAUCUCGCCUGUCGCCCCGCAGCUCAUGCAGCUGGACGGAUCUUCAACCUAUGAAGGAGGCGGCUUCCCGUUCGGCUCAUCCCCCAUGCGCACUGUUGGCUUCCACGCGCCAGAUGGCUCGGCGUACACACUUGACGCACCGCGACGCGAUUCCAUUGCAACCGUUUCGAGCUCGACCUCCAGGGCGAGUGGGGCGUCCAACCUCACAGCAACGAGACCGGCAUAUUCGUCCAACUUUUACCGUCGCUCAUCCUUGACUCCCUCCUUGCAAAGCUUGCCAGCUCCGUCUACUUCGCAGACAGGGCCGACACCACGCUCUACACCAUUGUUUGAUCCCAGCCGCCGACGAGGCUCCCUCACACCUUCCCUCCCCACUCUCUCAGCCCCGUCGCCUACACGUGCCCUUGUUGCCGGCAAGCUCGUUGCAAAGUCGUCUGCGAACGACUUGCCAAUAAAUCCCCACCCCGCAGAUGCCCUUGCCGGGCGACGAGGCAGUGCGUUUGCGCCCGAGUCUGAUACCAGGCGAGGCAGUCUCCCGCAGCUCUACUACGGUGCCUGGACAGUGCCCGGAGAGCGACGGGACAGUAACGGCAGUGAUAUUGGUCAGGCAACGAUAAGGCGAGGGUUCACGUUCGGCUCGAUCAACGCUGCCGAGCACGAUCAGGAAGGGGCCGUGGGUUCUCUUCAGCGUAUUGUGCAGGUCUCAUCGGCUCUAAAGUCGGAGGCUUCUGCGUUUGAAGAAGCCGAGCAGGCCGAAGCAGAGCGCCAACGGCGAGCUUUUCUCGCGGCUACCUAUGGAGAAGAAGGACGUCGCGCUCGGGCUCGACUCAGCCUGGGCGGCAACUCUGCCACCGCUUCACCAUCAUCGCCAGCCUCAACACGCCGUCAGAGCUUGGUGCUCUGGGAGCGUAUCAAGGGAAGCGCGAGCUCGUCUUCCGCCGGGCACGGUACACCGGGUGGGCCCUCUACUACGGCCUCGUCUGGCGAUGACUUGGUUGCGAUAAGGCGCCCAAGCUUACCCGUCAACAUCCCUCGGACACCACGCGCGGAUCAGGCCGCAUUGUUCGACGAUCAGACAGUUUGGGACAACCCUGACCUCCUUCCAGACGUGGAAGAUUACGGCGCUACCCCUCAACGUCCACUCCCUCCACUCCUUCCACUCUCCGAUCCCGUUCCCCGCCUACUUCCAUCUACUCUCGCAUUGCAUCGCGCCUCCCAUCUGCUUCAUGCUAGAAACCUCUCUUCUGAACCAUUGCCCGCACCACUGCCACCAUCUCUCCACCCUCCGCAGCCCGUCGACCUGUCCGAGUUCGAUAUCGACUUCAUCCUCGCUGGUUCUCGAACCCAACUCGGCCGAACAGGCAGCAAGAGCUCACUACGUCGUAGCAAUCACAGCGCCAAGGGGAACGACGAGCUCACAGGCCAAGGGGCCCGGCCCGGCCUCGACGAGGAAGACUCGUUCGCCAAGUUUGUGGGCGCAUUCGACGACGAAUAUGGAGGACGUCGUGGAGAUUGGACCUUCCGUGCACUUCCUCGACCCGUGCAACAGCCGGUAGGAAAGACUCCGACUCGGCCGGUCCCCCGCGCGGAAUGGGAGUCGCCAGGCGCGGGCCGGUACGAAAUCUACCCUAGCGGCGACGUGCGGUCUGUUGAAUCGGGCAGUGUCUGGCGCGUCAAACGGACUAGUGCGAGAGAGUAUGAGCUUGAGCAGCCCAUGCCUGGGCUCCUCCCCAUGGGCAGCGCCGACAAGCCCCCAGGGAGCGCGCCACAGCCCAUCGUGCUCGCGCCGUGCAGCGCGUACGCGCUCGUGUCCAAGUCGGUCCACACCGAGAACGGCGGUGUCAAGCUUCCGAUCCCAGUGCACCGCGAACUCUCGCGGAGCAGUGGUUUCUCGCGACGCUUCGUCGCCGCUACGCGCAACCGCCCGAGCUCUACUGACAUGCUCCUCGAGGCCGACGAGCGCAGGCGCACAGGCAGUCAGGACUCGAGCGCCACCGCCACCGCACAGGCCCAGGCUUUCCAUGCAAACCAGCCCCUCCGUUCCUCGGCAAUGCGUCAACAGAACUCGAAUACAUCGAGCACCUCGAACAACUCGCCUCCUUCUCCUUCCCCUCCCAAGGAAGAGAAUGGCGGCAAGGAGAAGCGGAGCAAGGGCAGGAAGGACACGGAUGACGAGAAGAAGAAGGACAAGGGCUUCUCGGGUGUGCUGAAGCGCGGCCUGUUCAAGGCGACCAACAUUCUCGAGGAGAGCAAAGAGUCCAGCCGCAAGUUCUGGCCCAACGGUAACAGCGGUAGCCACAAGUCUUCGACACCGAUACAUCGGGGGCUGCCCCACCAGAACUCUGACAAGAGCGACUCGGCGUCGGCGUCUUCGCAACACUCGAGCAAGUACACCAGUGAGAGCGCAGACGAGGAGCAGCCCGACGAAUUGUUCGGAUCUUUGGGUCUCGGCAUCGAGGACGAGCAGAACGGCGGUCAUCCGUGGAAGGAGGGCAGAGCAUGGGAGGUUGUGCCUGAGGAUGCUCUUGCCAUGGUCCUCCCCAUCAUGUCCGACAAGAAUCUUCCUCCCUUAACCCACACCAUACCGGCAAGCAAGGCGUUCAUCAAUCCGUUCUUUGUCGACGGUCCCCGCCAGGCGCUGCUGGUGUGGUUCACACCGUUCAACUCGUCCGGAUCGUCCAACUACAUCGAUAGCCCCAAGAGACAAGGAUCGUCGACGCUGUUCAAGAUCACCGAGUCGCCACACCAUGAGGUGUGGGAGGGUGGCAACACGAUGUCGUCAUCACUGUCACGGCUGCCCAAGCUGCUGCGGCCGCGAGGCAGCCGCGCGGACCACGCGUCUAGUGGACUGAAGCACAUACCAGUGCGGCCACCGACAGCGACGCCGCCGCUUGUCGAAGACGAUAGGGACCCGUCGCGAUCGUCGUCGAGAGCAUCUCGCAGCCUGCAGCCGUUGCCGUUCCGAGGAUACCGUGUGGUCGCCAAGGUUGUCGACACGGAGGAUCUGCGCGCCGUGCCAGAAAUCCCCGUCAUCCCCCUAGAGGCGUGGAACGAGCAGAUGCGCACAGGCAAGCCUGCGGGCAUUAAUACGCCUCCUAUGGACGGCCACGCACGCGCAGAAGAGGUGCCGAGCCGCUCCCCAUCUCUCGCGGACAACGACUCGGCGGUCAUGAGCGGGCGCUCGUUCCCUACGGUUAUCGCCGUGUGCCACAACCAGGCGAGCGGCGUUGAGUUCGUUCUCGAGGGUCUCGACCGCCUGGGUCUGUGUAAGGGCGAGAGUGCAUGGGGUCCUACUGGCUAUGAGGAAUGGCGAGGGACUGGGUUGAGCGACAGCGGGCGACAGAUGCUCGAUCUGCUGUGGGCCGGGUGCACGGCCGUGAUGGGUGUGUAGUGAGUGUAAGCUGGGUACAUGUUGCACUGUAGUUUUUCCUUUUUACUUUUGGGCAUGGAUGCAUGCA